AUGUCCAAUAAGUCAGCGACGCUGAGGCUUCCCGACGGGCGCCGUCUCGCCAUCCGAGACAAGAACUACCCGCUGGAUGAUGUGUAUUGCUGGGUAAAUGGCUUUUACGACCUGGACAGGGAAGCCGCGGUGAACAACUACACCUAUCUGUCAGAGGUCUCUGCGGCUGCGUGUCGAAGCCUGGAGCAAGCGGUGCCCAACUACCGUGGGAUCUCUAUGCAGAUGAUGUACGAUGAGAGCGACAAUGACAGCGCAGAGCUCAAGAAAAUGGUCUUCUCCAAGAGCCCAGUCGAGGAUGUUUCCCAAGCGAUGGUCGACGGCAUGAGGCUUCAUGCUGCAGCCAAGUGUUUGAUGAACGGUGGUCAUGGUGGUCUCUGCGAUAUUGCCAACUGUGCCAUGCGUGGCUGCAGGUUGAACUCGGAUACUCUGGGAUACCACGCACUCGGAAAUUGCCCUCCUGUGUAA